AUGGUCGUCGCCGCCAACAGCAGCCACCUCUACGGUAACCUCCGGCCCUUCGCGCUGGAGGACCCGCGGGCGCUGGGCAGCUGGAGGAUGAUCGGCGGCUCCUGGCCGCCGCGCCUGGUGAAGCUCGCCCCGGCGGGCGCCCCGUCGGCGCUGCCCACGGCGAGCCCCCUCUCGCACAACGACUCGCAGUGCGGCGAGCAGAUCCUCAGCUACGGCAACGUCGAGAAAGUUGUCAUCGGCGCCGUCCUGUCUCUCAUCACCCUGCUGACCAUCGCCGGCAACUGCCUGGUGGUCAUCUCGGUGUGCUUCGUGAAGAAGCUGCGGCAGCCCUCCAACUAUCUCAUCGUCUCGCUGGCCCUGGCCGACCUCUCGGUGGCCCUGGCCGUGAUGCCCUUCGUCAGCGUCACCGACCUCAUCGGCGGCGAGUGGAUCUUCGGGCGCCUCUUCUGCAACGUCUUCAUCGCCAUGGACGUCAUGUGCUGCACGGCCUCCAUCAUGACCCUCUGCGUGAUAAGUAUUGACAGGUACUUGGGAAUAACAAGACCUCUUACGUAUCCUGUCAGGCAGAACGGAAAGUUUAUGGCCAAAAUGAUCCUGUGUGUAUGGCUCUUAUCUGCCUCUAUCACCAUACCCCCACUCUUCGGUUGGGCCCAAAAUGUAAACGAUGAAAAGGUUUGCUUGAUCAGUCAAGACUUUGGCUACACAAUUUACUCCACUGCGGUUGCGUUUUACAUUCCAAUGUCAGUGAUGCUUUUCAUGUACUACCGGAUUUACAAAGCUGCCAAGAGGAGCGCUGCGAAACACAAGUUUGCUGGUUUUCCCCGGCCAGAAGAAAUGGAAGGAAUAUCUAUGAAUGGAGUUGUUAAACUGCACAAAGAAUCUGAAGAAUGUACUAACUUUUCACGACUCCUUAAGCAUGACAGGAAAAACAUUUCCAUCUUUAAAAGAGAACAGAAAGCUGCCACUACCCUUGGAAUUAUUGUUGGGGCUUUUACUGUGUGCUGGCUGCCAUUUUUCCUCCUCUCCACUGCCAGGCCCUUCAUCUGUGGCACAGCAUGCAGCUGUAUCCCACUGUGGGUAGAGAGAACAUUUCUAUGGUUGGGUUACGCAAACUCUCUCAUUAACCCUUUUAUAUAUGCCUUCUUCAAUCGGGACCUGAGGACAACUUACCGCAACCUACUGCAAUGCAGAUAUAGGAAUAUCAACCGGAAACUGUCAGCUGCAGGCAUGCAUGAGGCUCUGAAGCUUGCAGAAAAGCCAGAAUUUGUUCUGUAAGGUCACUUGCCCUUUAUUAUGAUAAUUUAUUGUUUUAUCACAUUAACUUUUUCCCUCAAAUUUGAAAAAAAGAGUUACUGGAAUAACCAGCCUUCUUGAGCACUGUUAACACAGUCAUCAAGAAACUGGAAGGUAGCAAGGCAAAUUCAUGUACAAGCCAGCAGUCAUAAUAAGCCUGGAGAAACAAGAAGAAAAUCGAAAGAACUUGGGUGUAAGGAAAGGGAACUUGAGUAGUGGAUACCAGAGAGGGGAAGGAUAAAAGGUGGUGCAGAAUUUCUGGGUUGCUGGUGAGGAAAGAGAGAAGUCAACUUAACUCUUUGGUUUGACCCUUAGCCCCAAACAACUUCUAGCAGCUCUGGAUAUUGGAUGCAUCGUGUAUCCUAAAAGUUUUUGCUGUAAUAAAGACCUGAA